AUGGGCGCGACGUCGUUUCUUCGUCAAGUCUACGAUCUCGACACACUCGACACUCGCUUCACCAAUACCUCCUCUGUCCCCUACCAAACCGUCAUCGACGCGCGCACCGACCCGGCGGCGAAAAAGGAGUCGUCGGCCAAAGGACAGCCUCGCACCCAGCCGUCAAGAUGGCAGACGUCCGAGUUCUACCUCUACUACCUCGUUUUCGUCUUGGCCGUACCCGUCAUGUUCUGGAUCCCCUACAGCGUCUCGCGCCCAUCGGAUCCGAGAUACCACAAGUUUGAGGAGCACUUGUCCGACGGCUGGAUCCCUGGGCGCAAGGUGGACAUAUCCGAUGCCCAGUACCACACUUUUCGAGGCAACCUCCCGUACAUGGGUGCGCUGCUGCUUUGCCAUCCGGUCCUGAGAAGAGCGUGGGACUUUGCUUGCCAAAAGCCCGGGCAGAAGGUGCCGACCGGUUCGGCGCGUCUGGAGCAGCGGGCGUCGUUUGACUUUGCCUUUGCCUUGCUGUACCUCCUCAUCCUGCACGGCGUCUCUGCUUUCAAGGUGCUGGCCAUUCUGUGCAUCAACCAUCAGAUUGCCAUGAAGCUGCCUAGGAAGUACAUUCCCGUCGUCACCUGGCUGUUCAACGUCUCGACCCUCUUCGCCAACGAGCUUACCGAGGGCUACAGGCUGAGCAGGUUGGCGAGGCACGUUGCCGGCCCCGACUCGGCGCUGGUGCAUUGGGGCACCUGGCUGGACGGAUACGGCGGCCUCCUGUCGCGGUGGGAGGUCCUCUUCAACAUUACCAUCCUGCGCCUCAUCAGUUUCAACAUGGACUACUACUGGAGCAUCGAGAAGCAAAGUGCCAACUCGUUGGAGAGCGCAGCUGAUGUGCCCAAGAAGAAGCAGUUAGAUCCGGCGAACCUUUCGGAGCGAGACCGGAUCUCCAUGCCGGCGGCGGUGCACGAAUUUACCUUUCGCAACUACCUCGCCUAUGCCAUCUACGCGCCGCUUUACCUCGCCGGUCCCAUCUUGACCUUUAACGACUACAUCGCGCAGAUGAAGCACCGUGCCGCGAGCAUCGAGCGGCCUCGAACGCUGCGCUACGGCGUCCGCUUCAUCUUGGUCCUCCUCGCCAUGGAGCUCGUGCUGCACUACGACUACGUCGGGGCCAUCAGCAAGGCGGCCCCGAUAUGGAGCGACUACUCGCCCGCGCAGCUCAGCAUGCUGUCGUUUUUCAACCUCCACAUCAUCUGGCUCAAGCUGCUCCUCCCCUGGCGUCUCUUCCGUCUGUGGGCCCUCAUCGACGGCAUCGACCCGCCCGAGAACAUGGUCCGCUGCGUGAGCAACAACUACAGCACCCAGCUGUUCUGGCGCGCGUGGCAUCGUUCGUACAACCGUUGGCUGAUCCGGUACAUAUACAUCCCUCUCGGCGGCUCCUCCUUCCGCAACUGGAGGGCCACGGCCAAGUCCAUCAUGACGAUGCUGCUCGUCUUCACCUUUGUCGCCCUGUGGCACGACAUCCAGCUGCGGCUGCUCAUCUGGGGCUGGCUGAUUGUGCUCUUCAUGAUGCCCGAGUGGAUCGCCGCCUACCUAUUCCCCAAGCGGAAGUGGGAGAGCAGGCCGACCGAGUACCGGAUGCUCUGCUGCGUCGGCGCCGUCGUGAACGUGCUGAUGAUGAUGGCCGCCAACCUCGUCGGCUUCGCCGUCGGCCUGGACGGGCUGGAGAGCAUCGUCAAGGGCAUCCUGCACGACUUUUCGGGUGUCGUGUUCCUCGUCGUCGCGUGCUCGUGUCUCUUCGUGGGCGUGCAAGUCAUGUUUGAGAUUCGCGAGGCGGAGAGGCGCAAGGGGGUCACUGUCAAGUGUUGA